UCCUCUUUUUUUUCUCCUUGCAACAUCAAAUUAAAUUUUUUAAAAUUUCUUUCCCUAAUGAAUCAACCAAAUAAUAUUUAUUUGGAAGAAAAGUGCGAUGAGGAAGACGACGAAAUUCAACAAAUAAUUUUAAACAACCAGAAAAAUUUUGAAAGGGGAAAUUUAAAGAAAAUUUCUCAAAGUAUUUCGGCACAUGCUAACUUGGAUUUCCAAUUUAAACAUAAAAAGCUUUUGGAAUUGGAUGGUAGAGAGGAGGAGGAGAAUAAAAUUACGAAUAAAUUAAAUUUCGAAAAUGGUUGUCAUGUAGAUGAGGAGGACAGCGAUGAAGAAUUUUUCGCAGCACAUUCUUCGCUAAUUCCUCUACGAAAAUCCAAGUCCGCGUUAGCUGGGUUUACCUCUCAUCUUGGUACUUCCGCUUCUCAUUCAAAGCCGCUUCUCUGUUCAAAAAUAGUUAAAGAAGGUAUUAAUGACAGUCAAGAAGAAAUUAUGGAAAUGAUAGAUUUGCGUAAAGGAGACAUUUUACAGUUCCGCAUCGAGGAUGAACUCAAAAACAACCGAAAACAUUCGGAUAAUAUAGCUGGCUGUUCUCCAUCCCAAUAUUCACCCAUCCAAACUCUUCCCACAUCUCCUGAACCGCAGAGCCAACACCAACUAGAACAAGAUUGUUGGUCAGCCCCAGCAUGUCCAAAUGACUCCCCAGAUUCUUUUGAAAUUGGGGAGGGUGAUGAAGAAUAUUCUAAAGAUUUGAACAUGUUAUCUUCUGAAAAGCAAGACUUGAAUUAUCGAAAAGAAAGUAGCUGGUCGGCCCCCGGCCAAUUUAACAGUGAAAUGAUUGAAAUACCAAUGCAAAAUGAGAAGAAAGAGGACAAGAUUGAUGGAGAAAAGUUGAGGAAAAAGGAUAUUUUUACCGGUAAUGAAAGCAACGAUUUGAUCCCUAUGGCGGAUGAUGAUGGAUCCAAUACACCAAAUUAUGCUUCUUUACAUGGUGGAUAUCUGACUUUACCUCCCGGUUUUAAAUGUCACUCAGCUGUUGAUAAUUCAAAAUUAUCCGAUACAAUGAACUCUUCAUUCUCUUCCUACUUUUCCGACGACGAAGAUGAACAGAGUCCUGAUUUAUUCCAUUCCCAAAGACGUAAACGCCAACAAUUAAUGCACCAUUCAGCAGCAAUGCGUCUUUGUAAGCGUGGAAGUCCUCCUUUUGCCCAGGCAAGCGAAAUCCGAUUCCUAUUUACAAAUCUAAUUUUUAGAUUGAUUUACUAA